UUGUUUGUUGACAGACCGUCACACUAGGCGAAUAUGCUUGGUUGAUUAAGGUGAAAAGCUCUCAUGGAUUUUAGCUUGGUACUGGGAUAACGUGAAGGAUUUCCUCAACACCUGGAUUAUUUCCCUGGAUUUACAUAAUUUCUGUGUUUACUUAUGUGUCGUAAGGCCAUAUAACAAUGUCUUCUUCUCAAAAACCAGAGGAAGAGUGGCCUACAAUUUCGCGUUUCGAGAGGAUUUAUUAUGAAAUUCUGUUCUACAGUCAAGGACCACUUGAUGGCUAUCUCCUUGGUGAGAGAGCCCGUGACCUUUUCCUCCACUCCCGACUCCCAUUGAUGACGCUCAGUAGGAUCUGGAAUUUGGCUGAUGUCACAAACGACAAUGUUCUCAAUGUGGAUGAAUUUGUUUUGGCAAUGCACCUCGCACGAGGGAUCCUACGGGGGAGGAAAAUUCCAAAGGCCCUUCCUCAUAACCUCAAACCCAAAUCCUCUACACCAGUACUACUCCCCCACAUGUCUGACAAGGAGAAGGAAGCCUAUGCCAAGGUGUUCCAAAGUCUUGAUACCAGUCGAAAGGGCUAUUUCGAAGGUGCUGAUGCACGUGAGGUUCUCAAAUCUUCGGAGUUAUCGCCGGAGCAGUUGGUCGAUGUAUGGGAUUUAUCUGACCUCAACAAGAUGUCUGCCUAGAUACAGGAGAG